AUGAUUCAAGAUCAAAAAGAUAACAUCUACCUGCCAAUCCGAAAAUCGUCACAAGAAGUGGCACCCAGAAUUCUAUCUAAUCCAAACAAUAGUGAUGACGAGGUGACAAAUGGAGCCAGUCAGAAAAAGGAAGAUUUUGUUUCAUUUCCUACGUUAGCAGAGCCAGAGUUACAAAACAACAAAUCAAUUUCAGGGUUACUUACCAAAACCCUAAGAAAAGUUACCAACAAUGCCACCAACUUAGUACAGAACUAUUCAACUACCCUUGAAUCGCCUAAACAAUAUGUUGAAGAGGUUGCUCAUGAUGCAAAAGCCAACCAUGUUCCACAAAUUCCGAAAAACCAAGAUGUGGUUUUUUCGAAGGAACACACUUCAAGAAAAACAGAUAACUACGUUACAGCUAAAGAUGAUGCCCUCUCGAUAACGAGGGGAACCAAGUACACCCAGGUUGAUCCUGAGUUGGACACAGUGAGUACCAGGUCGGAAAGACAUGAUGUGGAAGUUUCAAAAGUAAUGCCACGAUCUCCCUUACCGCGACUGGUGUGGAAAGCGGCAGGAAUAGAUAGUGCAGAUGAAGAGGAGUUGAAACCGAGCUCAAGAGGAAAUCAGCUACAGGAUACACAAGGAACGCACGUCUUGCUGAAGACGCAUAGUUCUCGUAAGCAAACAAAUAACCUGAAACUGGCACGGCAAGAAGUUAUCGGAGGUGUAACGAAAAUCUCACCACAACUACCAAAAGAUGGACCAAAUACAUCCCAAUCUUCAUCUGUCAAUUUAAACAAAAUACGCAACUUAAGAGCGGAGGAGAGAGCGCCACGUGUAAGAUCCGAUAACAAGUCUCUACGACUUUCAACAAUGCCCUUUCCGCACUCACAAUCUUUGAGUCCGAGAGCAACCAGCUCUGUCGUUAGCGUGAAUGCGUUGGCUACUGUGGAUAUAUCCGAUACUGAGCAUCAUUCACAGAGCUCCAUCUCUCCUGGUGAUCGAAAACUUAACGAUAAAAACUCGAGAGGAACUUCCUUAGGCAAAAAGAUAUCAACCUUAUUCAAUAAUCUUCCAAAUGAUAUUGAAGUGUCUGACGAUUCUGCAUCGGACCUCGAAUCGGUGCAGGAUGUGGCGCCGACUGAGCCAGUUUUGAGUGGACACGGAGGUGAGUACGAUGCUAAAAGUCGCAAUCUAGAUGCCAAAGAUAACGUUGUUAGAUCAUUUUCGACACCUUACGAUCCGGGCAUACUACAUGGAGAUUCAAUUGCAAAGUCGUCUCCAAUUAAAGUUGAAGGGACUCGAAGAUUGAAAAUGUCAUCUCAUUCAGGAGAUUCACCAACAGUGUCCUCGUUUCAAGCAAUUCAAAGCAAAGAUCAUCACGCUUCUAGAAAGAGGUCACAGAAUUUUCCUUCUGUAAUAUUGGGCAAUGCUAAAACUAUCUUGAAUCAAAAUUUAGGGGCAGUUGCUUCAUCAGCAUCAUCAAUAGUCGGAAAGAAAAAGAAGAAAAAGAAGUCCACCAAGAUCUCUCAAAAUCCGUUAAAGAAUGGAGGAAUUCCCAAAAAGUAUUGGAUGGAUGAUGCGUUUGUUGCCGAUUGUUUAAACUGUUUCAAACCGUUCACUGCGUUCAGGAGAAAACAUCAUUGUCGGUUUUGUGGGCAAAUUUUUUGUUCCGAUUGCACUUUAUUUAUCUCCUAUAGCCAGCAUAGAGAUCAGCGAAAUAAUGUCGUUGAUCAAAAGCUUCCAUAUCAUGAUAAACUACGGGUCUGUAAACCAUGCUACAGUGAUGUCAUCAUAUACCUAAGUGAUGAUUCCUCGGAAUCAGAGACGGAUGAGGAAGCUGACAAGACCACUGAUGAACUUAACCACCCGAAAUCUCGUAACGAGGACUUAUUAGUACCCAAUCACCCACUAUCUCGAGUACGUUCGUUGUCAACAACUUCUCAUCGCGACAGCUUCGGAAAUCAUGAGAUCAGUCAAGGCUGGAUCCCGCACGAUCCAAGAACAAGGGAUAGUGUAUCCUUUGAUUCCUAUUCCCCAUCUCGCAAGAAUAGUCAGCACAUAUACCCAGAUGAGUCUAUAAAAUCAAAUUCAAAGCAAGCACCCCGCAUGGCUAUCCCAACGACUCGUGCUGGUGAAUCUAUCGAAAUCCCAUUGAUGCGUAACUCAUUGACCAAUGCUCAGGUGGUUCGUGGUCCAAUCAACAAAUAUGGGUCAAGCAGCAAGCUCGAUAUUGUCGACCAGAACAGUGUACCGAAUUCGUUCCAUUUCAAUCUACCAACACAUAAUCAAUUGGCAGUUUUUCAUAAUCACCCUGCUUCUAGCUUUGGUCAAACCUCAUAUGAUAUUUUAAAUAGUAACAAGGCAUGGUUGAAAAAUUCAGAAAGUUUUCUUGGUGUUGAAGCUGAUUCUAAUCGUAACAUCGGUAAUCCAAAUCCAGUGUAUAAUAACCUUGUUUCGAGAAAGCCCUCACUGAAGCUAAAGGUCACUCCAUCAUUUAGGCGAAUGGAAAAAAACCACGGACUUUUGGAUCGCGAUGAGAAUGGUGAUGCCGACGUCGAGGGUAGUAGUAGUGACAGUGAUGAUGAGAUGCGUUCCCCAAGAGGUUUCAGAAAUGGAGGUAGCGAUGAGGAGGAAGAUGAGAGAGCAAUGUCCCUAUACUCUUCAUUAAAUGAUCACCAUGUUUAUGGCUCAACGCCGUUAGGCCGCAAUUCGGGUCAUAUGUUUGGGACUGGUGCUAUGGCUGUUCCAACACUAGGUGAGUUUCCUGGAAUCAAAACAUUUUUCUCUGAAACUCGUAACAAUUUCCCAUAUUCAGAUAUGAUUAAGAAAAACAACAUCAGCAUUAACGAGGCAACUAGGCCCGAAAGCUUGAGGUCUCGUGCAAGAGCAAACGCUUCAAUUCAGCGUAUGCGAUCAAGGAGACAGACUAGAGGCGGACGUAAUGUGCUGUUAUUAACGCAAAAUAAUAUCCGCUUGCCUAGUUUGGGAUCAAUAGCCAACAGGUCUAUUACUACAGUGCAACUAACGCCAAUUUCCUCCCCGUCAUCACCUUUACCGGACAACUCUACUCGUUCCAAUUUGAGCACUGCAAUUUCACAUAGUACCCCUGAUGAAAUUAAUAUGGAAAUGAGGAGUGACAGUUAUGAUCAAAUGGAAACAGAAUUGUCGCCAAUUGGGGCACAAAUUUCUAGCAGUACAGCUUUGGACCAUCAAUACGACAACUCAGGUUAUUUCGGAUACCACCACCACCACAGUGGAGCUCGAUGUAGUGAUGCAGAGUUGCAUGAUAGUGAAGCUGAGGAAAAUUUGAAACUUGAUUUGUUAUAUUCGGACACAUUGAAUGGUGUUUUGGAGCAGUCACUCAUGGAUUGUGAAAUACAGGACAAUGUUCAGAGAUGGAUGUCUGUGCUUCAAAAGGUAUUAUCGGAAGUCAACAAGCUUAAGAUAACAGACACCUUGGACAUAAGGCAGUAUGUUAAGCUCAAGAAAAUCUUGGGUGGGAAGAUCGAGCAAACUGAAAUUGUCAAUGGUUUGUUUAUGACCAAGGAUGUUGAUAGCAAGAAAAUGAGAUCUAAUAUCGAAAGACCGCUGAUUGCGCUUCUUAUGUUUCCAGUUGAAUAUUUGAAAGAUCGUGAGCAAUUUAUUAGCUUGCGCGUAAUGCAUGCACAACAGUCGGUUUAUAUCACAAACUUGGUAUCCAAACUUAUUUCAUUAUCACCUGAUGUGAUAGUCGUUGGAGACACAGUAUGUGGUCUAGCCAUCAAACUUCUUGAAGAGGCAGGAAUCACUGUUGUAUCGAAUGUCAAGCCGCAGGUUAUUGAAAGAAUCUCACGAUACACUAAUGCUGACAUUUUUCAAUCAGUCAAUGACUUAUUUUUCAAAAAGGGUAGUCUCGGCGUUUGUGAAAAAUUUAGGGUUAAAAGGUUUAGAUAUAAAAAUGUUAUUAAGAGCUUUAUAUUCUUCACUGGAAUUGACACUGGAUUGGGUUUCACGAUUUUAUUGAGAGGCGGCGAUGAAAGGUUGUUGGAUAAUGUCAAAUACACCGCUGAGGUCCUCGUUCAUGGUUAUCUCAAUGCUCGGUAUGAAAAGAGUCUUUUUAGGAACUUACUUUUGACUUGUUCAAAAGUGUCCCUUGAUCAAUCGGCAGAGGAAAUUGAUCAAAAGGUUAGUACAAUAAUGAGUGACAAUUUUUGGGGUAUUGUGGAACCUCUGUUAGAUGACCAAGAAGUGGUCGCGUAUAUUCAAUCUUUCAAAAUGCGAAGAUUAAGUUUAUCACCUUCUGUGCAGUACAACUUGCCGACGGUGUUAGCCAAAGUCGUGGAUUCAUACUAUAAAUACUUUCAAAGUUAUAAACUCAAUGAAGCAAUCCAGUCGGUUACGUCCAUGGAUCAAGUUGACGUGAGGUGGAAAACCCUGUUGAAAAUCAAUCUCAGCACUGAAGAUUUGCCAGGGAAAGACAAGGACUUUGUACGUAUCUUGAAAUGUGCAAGUGAGACGCAACUGAAAAUUUUACUUGACGAGUACCAAUCUCGAGCUCGCGUUUGGGCCAAUUGUUUAAAGUAUCCGUCAUAUCAGUUGUUUCCCAUCUUUCAUCGCAAUAUUUAUAUUUUGCAUUCAACAGUUUCAAUCAAACAUGCAACACCCUGUGCUGGGCCAGCUAUUGUAGUUGUGGACUACUACACUGAGAAUGAUAAAUGUUUGGGAUUGUUUCUUGAUCAAAUAUUUUCAGAUAGUGUCAAGAUAUGUAAUGAAUGUGGCGAGUUAUCGCUUGACCAUUACAAGACCUAUGUUCAUGGAAAUGCCAAGAUUGAUUUGAUCACAGAAAAGUAUGAUAUCAGGUUCAAUGGUGGUAGUCACGAAUCUCAAGGUAAAAAUCAAAGAGUAAUGUGGAGUUACUGUAAGCAAUGUAAUUAUGUCACACCUAUAAUGGCAAUGAGUGAUGACACAUACUAUUUAUCUAUUGGUAAGUUUUUUGAACUAAACUUUUAUGGUCGAAACAUCUACGGUGGAUGCGAGCACGAUUAUUUCCAAAACUAUGUCAAGUGUUUUGGGUUCAAUGAUUUGGUGAUAAAACUAGAGUAUUCAACAAUUGACAAUUAUGAUAUUGUUGUACCUAAAAAGCAACUUGAAUUUAUUUCUGAUAUUAAUAUAAACUUGAAAGUGGAAUCUUAUAAAUCCAUCAAAUCCAAAGCAGAGGCUUUUUUUGACUCGGUGUUGAAACGUUUGAGUAGAGUCAAGUUAGACACAUUUGUUAAGGCAGAGGAUGGAACAAAAAAGAUUACUGAAAUGAAGGCAAAGUUGGCAGAAGACUCAGCGGCAAUAUAUAACAAGUUACAGAAGAAGUAUGAUGAGAUAAGUGUCACCAGUUAUCUCGAAUUAAACUCGAUUUAUAAAGAUUUACAAGUGUUGGGAAUCUUAUGGGAUAUUGAAUUUCAAGAGUUUGAAAAGAAAUACUUGCCUAACGAAAGUGAAGUUAAUAAAAUUACCCAAUUCCAUUUGCGUAAGUUUUUAAUGGAUAAACACAGUGUGCAUGAAAACGAGAAGGAUGAGAUCAAAGUGGGGGAUGGAGCUGCAAAUGAAGAAAAGGACUCCAGCACCACUAAUGAAGAAAGAAAUGUGCAAUUUGCUGACACACUGGGUGAUAUUGAAAGUGGGAGUAGUACUAAUCAAAAUAAGGUUUUGGACGUGGAGCAAGGUCAAAAUGUGCAAAUUGGACCUAAGAUUGAAAAGCUAUCAGAGAACUGUGAUGAUGCUGAGGGAAGAAGUGCUAAUAUUGAGUCACACCCUGAUACUCAAAAUAUCUCUCAUAAUGGAGAAACAGAUCUUCGUAAAGGAUCAGAUAUUUCAAUUGAUAAGCCGCUUGUUUUCACUCCACGCAAGCCAAGGACUGUGUCAAAUGAACAACGUGAACCUGACACAUUAAUAGAGUCCAAAAUGUUUCCUAAGGCUUCAUUGUAUGAGCCAAAGACAAACAUAUCUGAGAGAAUUAGUAAAUGGGAAGAAACAGCAGCAGAUAAGGCUCUUCAUCAAGCUGUUCCAUUAAGUCAUCGCGGCUCUGACAGUUCAUUGAAGUCAGUAAACACGGUGAUUCCAUCACAAAAUAAAGUGAUUCAUUUGGCCAAUUUCUUUGAUAAAAUGUAUUAUGAUCAAAUAUCAUUGGAGUUUUCCAAGCAACGGGAAUUUGAGUUAAAAAAGAGAAGCAAAAUUAAAGCACAACCUAUAUUGGACAGUAAACCAAUUGUUGAAAUCUACAACAAGAUUGAAGACGUUGUUGGAAGUUCCGAAAAUGAGGAGAAAAAGGGUGCUAAUAACAAUGUAGAAACGAAAACAGUGGAAAUCAAAGAUAAACAACUUGCCAAUACUCAACAAGAACAAGCUCCUAAACAGAUUGAUAUUCCUGAAAAGCAGUCGUUGUUGAAAUCAUUAACCAAUUUCUGGGCCGAUAGGUCGGCUACUUUAUGGGAUCCAUUGGCUUAUCCAUUGGAUAACCAUGAACAUACAUUUGCUGAUAGUGAUGUGAUUGUAAGAGAAGAUGAACCUAGUUCAUUAGUUGCUUUCUGUUUGAGUUCCAGUGACUAUAAACAAAAGCUCAAGCACUCAUUUGAGCAGAGUGGUGCUGAUGUUCAACGUCAUUUCGGUGAUAAAGUAAAAGCAGAAGGUCGUGUGGAUGAUAGUGGGGAUGUCUUGGUGGCUCAUCAUCAAGAUGCUCAAAGCAAGCUAAGCUCUUUUGUGGAGGAACAGCAACAGCAACAAGAAGAACAAAUGAAACAACAACAGCAACAACAUUCCCAAGAACCCGCCCAGCAGCAUCAACAAGUAGACAGUGGUAACGAGGAAACUGAAACUGACUAUGAUAAUAAAAAUGAAUCAGGAUACAAGACAGAUUUCGGGUUUGGAUUAAGUAACGACAACAAGAAGAAGAAUGCUCAAUUUGCUAAAAUUGAACGUAAAUUUAAACAAAGAAAUUCUCGUGAUGGGGAUGGUAAGAGUAAUCAAUUGGAAACUAUACUAAACCAGAGUAAAUCCAAUCAUUUGAAAUAUCAAUUUAGUGAUGGUAAUACCAAUUUGUCAUGUAAGAUCUUUUACAGUGAACAAUUUGAAGCACUACGAAAAGGAUGUGGAGUUGAUAAUCAAGAUUUUAUUCAAUCAUUAAGUAGAUGUGUUAAAUGGCAUUCAAGUGGAGGUAAAAGUGGGUCCAGUUUCUUGAAGACUUUGGAUAAUAGAUACAUUGUUAAAGAAUUGAGCAAGACUGAAUUGGAAUCAUUUGUUGCCAUUGCUCCUUUCUAUUUCAAAUAUAUCAGUCAAUCAAUGUUUAAUACCCUCACAACUGCCAUUGCCAAGAUAUUUGGAUUUUACCAAGUUGAAAUUAAGAAUCAAACCAAUGGUAAGGUACUAUUUAAGAUGGAUUUCUUGAUAAUGGAAAACCUAUUUUAUAAUCACAAGACAACAAGAAUAUUUGAUUUGAAGGGAUCAAUGAGAAAUCGUCAUGUACAACAAACAGGUAAAGAAAAUGAAGUAUUGCUUGAUGAAAAUAUGAUUGAAUAUAUUUAUGAAUCACCAGUAUUUGUUAAAGAGCAACUGAAGAAAUUGUUACGAGGUUGUUUAUUUAAUGAUACUAGUUUCUUGUCCGCCAUGGAUGUAAUGGAUUAUAGUUUGGUGAUUGGAAUUGACGAUGAACUGAAGAAGUUGUAUAUUGGUAUAAUUGAUUGGUUAAGAGCAUUUACGUGGGAUAAAAAAGUGGAAAAUUGGGUUAAAGGAAAUAAUUUGAUUGGUGGUGGUAAAAAGGGUAAGGAUCCAACUGUUGUUACACCCAAACAAUAUCGAAUUAGAUUCAGAGAAGCUAUGGAACGGUAUAUUUUGGAAGUGCCAGAUAUAUGGUAUGAGGGAACAAAGUAG